AUAAGUUGAUAGAAUACCCAAUUGAUAAUUACUGAAUGUACAUACUGAAUACAACUAAAAAUGUCGGAAGAAACAAUUAUGUCUAUGAAUGAUCAGACAAUUAAGAUUGAACCGCCAGAAUAUUCAAUAGAAGACAUUAAGUGCGAAAUUGAUGAUGAAUUUAAUUAUAUAGAUGGUAUUGUUAAGUCUGAAUCGUAUUUUGAGGAUGAUAAAACGUCUCUGGAUAAAUUUAUGAAUUCUGAGGUGACCAUAGAGGAAGAAGUCAAACAGGAGGUAAUUGUGACACCAGUUUAUAAUUGUGACAUUUGUAAUAGAACAUUUUUAGAAUCGCUUCACUUAGAACAGCAUAUGAUCGAACACAUGCGCAGUCAUAGCAAAGAGUACCCUGAUGCAAGUAAAAUUUGCAAUAAGACCCUCAAUCUAUUAAAAGGGUUUAAAUGUGAAAUAUGUUGUCGAGUUUAUAGCAGGUCAUAUUAUUUAAAGCAACACUUGCUUAUUCAUGCCAGUGGGAAACCUUUCAAAUGUGAAAUAUGCAGUAAAUCAUUCACUCAAUCAUAUAGUCUGAAACGUCACAAGCAGAUUCAUAGUGGGAAACGCCCCCACAAAUGCAAAAUAUGCAAUAAAACAUUUGCACAAUUGUUUAAUCUGAAAACACACAUAAACAUUCAUUCUGGAGUGCGUCUUUAUAAAUGCGAAACAUGUGAUAAAGAAUUCCAUUCGACAAGUGGUUUAGCAACACAUAGACGAAUACAUACUGGAGAACGACCCUACAAAUGCAAACUAUGCAAUAAGUCAUUUAGACAAUCAGUAACUCUGAAAAGACACAUGCUCAUACAUUCCGGAGUUCGUUGUCAUAAAUGUGAAAUAUGCAGUAAAUCAUUUACGUUCCUAUAUUCUCUAAAAUCACACUGUCUUAUUCAUACUGGAGAACGUCCACACAAAUGCGAAAUAUGCAAUAAGACAUUCACACAGUUAGGUACUCUGAAAGCUCACAUGGGCAUUCAUUAUGAAAGACUUUUUUAUAAAUGUGAAAUAUGCAAUAAGAAAUAUACUCGAGCGCACAAUUUGAGAAAGCACAUGGCUGUUCAUAAUGAAAAACCAGAUGAAAAUCAAUGAAAUAUUAAUUAGCUGAAACCAACUCUGUGUGUAAAAUAGUUUGAUUUUAUUUUUAUUGUAAAUUGUAUUACUAUAAUACAA